ACCACGCCCGAAUGCUCUCCCACGCAACUUCUUUCGUCGAAUCCCGUCGACAAGCGCGAUCGCGACAUCUCUCAAAGCGCAUGCGUCUGAAAACCUCGCUAACUCAUUCAUUAUGAGCAUCUACAGGGUGAGUCACUUGACGUGACCACCUCGAAUCGUCGUGACUCAUAACUCAUACCCAUUAUACUAAAAAAACAUUUCGAAUAAAAUGUUAUCGAAACGCGUUUCGAACAAAGUGGUAUCAAAAGGGCCACGUGAUAGGCUUCGUUUUAUUUAUUAUUAUUGUUAUUUUAAAUGAUUUCUCAUCUGUCUAAUUAUCUAUGUUGCAAGCAAUUGAAUCAAUUACAAUUUUAGUGUGAUAAGAUUAGUCAUUUUUAUUAAGGAUCAUUAUGUUCGAAGUAGGCUAAAGACUUUACACAGGUAUAGAUUCUAAAAUAUUUGCAAUAACGUGAAAUCACGUUUGUCUUUCUUUAAGGUGCCCGGCAGAAGUAUUCGUAGGGGACACUUUUUGUUACUUGUCAGGAAUGACGUUUGCCGUUGUCGGCAUUAUUGGGCACUUCAGCAAAACAACUUUGUUGUUUUUCAUUCCACAAAUUAUUAAUUUUCUGUACAGUGUGCCACAAUUGUUCCAUUUUAUACCGUGCCCUAGACAUAGAUUACCAAAAUACAAUAAAGAGAUAGAUAAGUUGGAGCCUAGCAAUACUGUAUUCAACAAAAAUGAGAUUGGUUUUAUUGGUAAAAUCGUAAUGUGGAUAUUUACGAAACUACAUUUAGUGAAAUGGAAAGAAGAUAAAAAAGCUAUUGUUACUUGUAACAACUUCACUUUAAUCAACUUUGUAUUAAUCAAAGUUGGCCCACUUAAGGAGUCUACUCUUACAAUGAUUUUACUAUUAAUUCAGAUCAUUAAUAUUGCAGGUUUUUAGUAGUUUAUUAGCAUUUGUUAUAAGAUAUCCUCUCGCUUCGAUCUUCUACGACGUGUGAAGAAGAACAUGUUAGAAAUCAAGGCAUAUACAGCAUUCUGUAUAAUUACAUUAUCAUUUCUCAAUGAAAUGAUGUUUUUGUACGGAUUUACUCUUGUACAAGAAGUUUUAAAUGUACAUGUACUUUCAGGGUUUGUAUCUGUCAUUUAUAUAAUUAUACGUUUCAUAAAUGAGCAUAAACAAAUGUAAAUAUUACUGUACUUUUUCUCAGGAAAAGUGAAUAUGUUCCUUUUCAGUUUUUAAGUAAUGUUGGCCAAUAGUAAUAAAUACCGUAGUAUAGCGGAAAUAAAAUUGUAAUAUAAGAAAAUAAAAUUUAUAUUAUUUAAUAAAUAAUACAAUAAUAACAUUGA